AUGCCUCGGGCCGGCCCUGGCAAACCCUCACCGGUCGCAGAUUGUUUGGUGCUGUACGUUUAUAAGGAGCGCGGUUUGAAGGACAGGAGCAGCGUGACGCUGGAGCACAUCUGCGGUCUGGAGACGUGUGUCAGCGCCGACGUUCCCUUCAUCCUCUCAAUCCUGUGUCUCAGUCAAACCGCCAUGCUCGGCUUCGACAGCAGGGAGGCGCUGCAGAGCUGGGACCUGCGACUGCGCUACUGCCUCGGGGAAGUCCACAGUUUCAGCGUCUCUGUGCUGCCCGGCACUAAAUUGGAAAGCGGAGCGGCGACUCUGCAUUUAUGCAACAAUGUCCUGGUCAUCGCUAAAGACCUGCCGGCCGUCAUCAUUGGCCACUGGAAUCUGCUGGACCUGCGGCGAUACGGGCCGGUCAACAAUGGCUUUGUGUUUGAGGGAGGAACACGCUGUGGUUACUGGGCUGGUGUGUUCUUCUUGUCUUGUGCCGAGGCCGAGCAGAUCAGUUUUCUGUUUGACUGUAUUGUUCGUGGCAUUUCCCCAUCCAGAGGCCCUUUUGGACUGAAGCCACUGCUGCCAGAGCCCAGUGUCAAUGCAACUUUAGUGCAGGACAGACUAAACCAUGAAGCAGAGGAGUUGGAACGGAGGCUCAGUCUGUUGUCUCACAGCACAGCUUCCAGCUCCCGGUUCGGCUCUUUGAUGACAGGAGAUGACUGCAGCAUAUCUGAUUCAUCUGACACCUCGGACACAGAUUGCAGCAUUAGCAGUCGCCCUGCGCCGUGGACCGAUCUGGUUCUGCCCAGCUCUGCAGAAACGCCUCACACGCAAGCAUCUCAGGUCGAGGAGAAACUCUCCGCUGGACUCCAGGUCCCGACUGAUCACGUUCGCUCAAGGAAGCUGAAAGAAACAGGCCGACAGAACUCAUCCGACAGUGGCAUUGCGACGGGAAGCCACUCGUCUUUCACGGGAAGCUUCUCUUCCUACAGUGGCAGUCUGGAUGCUGCCGGUCCGGGGGAGGAAUACGGCACGCCAUUCAACCUGCCACCACCUGCUAUCCCAGACAAACACCUGUGCACGUGCAAACAUGAGUACCAGAUUCCCUCCUCGCUACGAUACCUUUAUGACUCUCCCCGCAGUCUGCUGGAGAUCACCAGAGCUCCAGAGGACAACAAAGACAGUAGCAGAUCUCAAAAUGAUACUGGACUUAUAGAGCCAUUUGUCCAGAAACAGUCUGAAGAAAAUUCAGAAUCUCCCGGCCAAUUAGAUUCUGACUCAGCUCUGAGUCAUUCUCUGGAGCUUGGUAAAAGGGAGGAGUCAAAGACAACGGAAUGCUUAAUAAAAGAGGAGGAGUCUCAGGGAUUUUUUUGUAAUAAAAGCUGCUGUGAUUGUGCAAACUGUUCACUUCCUCCUGCUGGCUCGAAAUCGCUCUUCACUACCUGCCCGAUCUGCAGAGGACUCAAGGGUACAUUUCUUCCUCAUCCUGGAGGGACUCUACCGUCCACUGUGCCAAGUGUUACUUCAGCAGGUGACUAUUCAGCCACUCCCACUGGACCAGCCACCAAUCAGGAGCCAGUGGAGAUCAGCAAGUUAUCUUUGACCAAUCAGGAUCCAUGGAAGCCCUUUUCUAAACAUUCACAGACCAAUGAUGAGCGAUCUGAGGGAUACAUUUCCUGUCUGUCUGAUCUACUGGCACACUACAAUCCUGCUGGGAAAUCAGUCAGUAGCAGCGUUUAUGAGGCAAUGUCAUCAUCCAGAUGCACCGUUCAGACAGUACACACUGUCCUCUAUGAGAACUGCCUCCAGUGCAGGAAAGGAGAGGGAAACUGCCGGCUGCUUAAGCUCACGCCUCCAUCCAGAAUUUUUGUCCAGGAUCAGAGCAGAGAAAUGAGUAGAAACAAUUCGAACAUCCCAGAGUCGGUCUGCUCUUCCAUUGAGUAUCCCAGUAGGCCAGUCUCUCUGCAACGAAUACCUGAAGAAGAUAACAAAGAGAGAAUCUGGGGUGAAAAGGGAAGAACAGAUCCUGCCUAUGAAAUUAUGGAUGGUCGAACAACAGAGAGGAGCCCAGAGUUGGAGGAGGAGAGCAGGUUUGAGCUCAUAGACAGCUGUGCUGCUUCACAAAGGGUGUCUCGUCAUCUCACUGAAGGUGGAGUGUUUGCGUUUGGAGUGGACGGAUCAGUGGUGACAGACAGGCUCAGAGGAGACGCGGUAACAUACGUGAAUAUUCCCACCAGCCCCAUGUCCAAAAAACAGCUGCAUUACAUGGAACUAGAGCUGCAGGAGUCCAGCACGGCCAUCAGAGGGAAAAGCUCCAGUAAAUACGCUCAGAUUGACAUCGCAGCGACCGAGGCGGCUCACAGAGCAGGUACCCAGCAUGCAUUGGGGCGAGAGGAAGGGCUUCAGAGACUGGAGCAGCAGAGGAGAAGACGAGGACUGAAAGAGGACUGAACUGAGAGACACUUCACGAUCGUCUCUUGCUCUAGACAAACUGACCAAAACACUACAAUUAUGUGAUAACAGUAAAACACAAAAAAUAGCGUGUCUACAGAAGUUUCCACUCAUUUUCUAAAAUAGUUGACUGUGGAUUUCACUAUGGAGUGAAUAGUGAGUGAGUGUGCAGUGUUAAUCAAAGCAUAUACACAAGUGUUUUAUAUACAGUAAUGUAUACAGCUCUCUCUCUCACUCACACACACACACACACACUGCUUAGAUGAACAUGUUAAUCACACAUUCAGUGUACAGUGAUAAAAUAUCUGUAUUCUCAUGUUAGGUGAAUAUGUGCAAUGCACAGAACCAAAAAAUGCAUUUUUAAUUAUUUGUUGUUUUUUUUUAAUUAAUUUAUUUAGUUUUUAAAUGCUGAAUAUUACUUUCUAGUUGCAUUAAAUAUGCUGCAUUUACUUUUUAGUCUUUUUGUUAACCUAAAUUAAAGUGUAGUCAUGUGAAGACAAUUUUUUUUAAAUUAAACUACUGAUUUUGUAUUUUAGAUUAAUUUUGGACCCAAAAAAUCAUGCAUGGCAGGUGGAAAUGAACAAAGGAAAUGAACACAGUUUGAACCUAUAAUCUGGUGCUAGAUAUAUUAAUCAAAGUUUUUCUGACAGUAAUGCUAAUAAUAAUCGUUUGUAUGUACAGGUGUAAAAUAAAAAUAAAAAAAUUCAAUA